GACAAUUUGGAAAAUGUAUAGGAGGAAUUGCGUACUGGUGGUUUUGGAUUGGAGCAAUGAGAAGUUCGCUCCAGCUUUAACGCCGCCGUUAUUUGAUAAAGAUUCAGAAGAUGAAGAGAGCAGAGCAUCACCUGUUCCUCCAAACAAAUCUCAGUCUUUUACUGGCAAGGAACAGGUGGUGCAGGCUGUGGCUGAAGUGGAGGAGGAACAACCGCCAUUAAUCAGCGCAAGCAUUCAGGAUUCGAGCAUCGCUUCUAUAUCAGGCCCGGAUGCAUAUAUUGAGAUAAAUGACCUUCUGGAUCCGAACCCACCUUCAUCCACUUCAGACAAUGAAAGCUUCACUUAUGAGGAUUUUGAUGACUAUCGGUAUUAAAAAAAGAAUAAUUUUUUAAAUCAACAAGGUUGGCAUGUUAGCAGGUCCAUGAACCCGUCAUCCCAAGCUACUAAUAACCUAAGUUUACUUUGUCGUGAAAUUAGUCGAGUCAACGGAUCUAUAGAU